GUCAUCUGUCGUUCCGAAUCAUUCCAAGAACCCAAUGGCCAUGGGUCGGAACCAAACAAAGCUCCGAGUUGGACCACCACACCAGACCUACAAAGGACCACUAUCAUACUUAUAGUGCGACUGCGAGAAUGAUAGGUUUUCUGGUUGCUUUUCAAAUCCUUGGCCUUGUCGUGGCGUCUUCCUCCGACCCGUCCGACAAAUGUUAUUUUGACCCUCUCCCUUCCAUACCACCCUCCACUGACCAUCGUAACAUCCCGUGGGGCAAGCCAACUAUAAAAUAUGCCAAUGGGACUACAUGUUGUUCCUCGCUAGACGAAGUUCGAGAUGAGUUGAACAACAUCGAUGCGCAGUUAUUGCAGUUACUCUCGACAAGAACUUCAUAUGUUAGAGAAGCAACUCGCUUCAAGGCCACAGUUGCAGAUGUCAACGACCCGUCUCGGAAUAAGCAGGUGAUACAGGGCGCUGUUCAUGAUGCUCCAUCAGUGCAUCUGCCACAAAUUGUCGCCCAGAAGGUGUACGAAGGCCUCAUAAACUCUAGUGUACUCUUCGAGGAAUGCAUCUUCGACACCUACGUUGAUCCUAAUAAGCAUGACAAUACUACUGGAACAUGCCACAAGAGUACUAGUUAAGCGUUCGAUAUUUACUCAGAUGGGCAGUUGCGCACAUCCAAGGAGAAUGAGGUGGUUUCCUCGCGGCUCUUGUCGUGGGCGACCUAUGCCUUUACCACUAUUAGAUACUGCUCGACAUCGAGAAACGACUCUUGCUGAUGCUUUCAGGUGUAAUUUUAUGGGCUUCAUUCAUGUCUCACUAAGGGUUGGUUGCACUAUAAUACUAUGCUACGCGGUUUAACCUGCACAAAGCAUUGGGGCCGGUGGUCAAG